ACCGCACCCCCGGCCCGCUCCGAGUCUCGCGAUAACUUUGUGGGCUAUAAAAGCUGCGCCCCGCGCGUCUCGGGCGUCGUCUUCCUCCCUUGCCUUACUUGUUUUCCUGUUGGAGACUUGUGACUCGGCCCUGCUGAUAGCAAGAUGUCUUCAGGAAAUGCAAAAAUUGGGUAUCCUGCCCCCAACUUCAAAGCCACAGCUGUUAUGCCAGAUGGACAAUUCAGAGACAUCUGCCUAAGUGAAUACAGAGGGAAAUAUGUCGUAUUCUUCUUUUACCCUCUUGAUUUUACUUUUGUGUGCCCCACUGAGAUCAUUGCUUUCAGUGAUAGGGCAGAAGAAUUUAAGAAACUCAACUGCCAAGUGAUUGGAGCUUCUGUGGAUUCUCACUUUUGUCAUCUGGCAUGGAUUAAUACACCCAAGAAACAAGGAGGAUUGGGACCCAUGAACAUUCCUUUGGUAUCAGAUCCCAAGCGCACCAUUGCUCAAGAUUAUGGAGUCUUAAAGGCUGAUGAAGGUAUCUCUUUCAGGGGCCUCUUUAUUAUCGAUGAUAAAGGUAUCCUUCAACAGAUCACUAUAAAUGAUCUUCCUGUUGGAAGAUCUGUGGAUGAGAUUCUGAGACUAGUCCAGGCCUUCCAGUUCACUGACAAACAUGGUGAAGUGUGCCCAGCUGGCUGGAAACCUGGCAGUGAUACCAUCAAGCCUGAUGUCCAAAAGAGCAAAGAAUAUUUCUCUAAGCAGAAGUGAGCACUGGGGCCAUUUUUCUGCCAGGCUGCACCAGAAGAAAAUCUCUUACACUCUUUGUGCUAAUACACAAAACAAAAUGUGUGAUCCAAAACAUGCCUUUCCUACAGUGCUGGGGUGGUUAGCCUUUCUUCCACUAUCAGGAAUGGUCUGAGCUGUGUUGUAGGUAGACUGUCUGACAUAUCUGUUCUUUUUUUUUUUUUUUU